AUGAUUGGCCUGAAUUUGUAAAUAGACUUGUUAUGAAGACUGAUAGUCACAUCGAAAAAAUCAAUUUAAUGGGUUUAUUAGAAUGCAAUUUUUCGAAAACUACUCCAACAUCCUUAAUAGUUAGUCAUAUUGUAUUAUUAGAUGCCGUUAAAGCUUAUUUUGAGUAUGAAGUUACACUCGAAGAAACCCUUGAAGAUUUGAUGGAACUUCAAGAAAAGGUCAUUAAUUUAAGAGAAUUAAAUUUAGAAUUAGAUUUUUGGUUAGAUCGUUUUGAACCUGUCUUAAGGAAUUUAGUUGCUACUUAUCAUAGUAAAAUUAAUCAUGAUUUUUGGG